AUGUAUGCCCCCGGACUACCAGGUCGUUCGGCAAAGAAACAGAAGAAACGAAAAUCCUUCGCUUCUCCGGGGCUUUCCAACCUUUCAUAUCUACUUUCUAGAGGCAAUAGUAGCAAAACUCCUAGUGGACACCAUAAUGCUGACGAAAGCAAAAAGUCUGGACUGCAUAACGAGCAGGCAGCACCAUGGCUUCUUACUCCUGCUUCCCAAAUGGCUACGCGCGCCACUCGGGCUGAGGACUGGGAUAGCUUAGCCGUAAUACACGCGGGAAGGCGGCCGGUAACUACAUGGGACGUAGUGCGGGGCACACGAGGCAAACACUGGCUCGAUCCGGCCUGUUUUCGUGGUUUGGCUGGCAGCGCACUCCGACUCUACAGAAAAACUGUCGCUACGGUAAUUGUGAUCUUUGUGAUAAAAGCCCUCGAUUGGUAA